AUGAAAUCAUUGUACAAUAUUCUAUUAUUGGUGUCACUUUAUUUGCUUGUGGUUCCAACAAAUUCAAAUUUUACCUAUGUUGAGAAUCUAUCGGAAACCACUCUUCCCGGUUCGCCACCUCACAUAUCACAAAUUGGAACGUAUGAAGACGGAACCAUCCUUCUUCGCAUUUACAGAAUUAACGCAACCGAAGUGAAUAAUACAUAUUGUACCGAGAAAAAAUUAUUUCUAAGAGUAAUUCACUUAAAUGGAAGCGUUACCGAAAUAAACGUGGAUUUACAACUAGAUCCCAUUAACUACUGUCCUGUAAUGAAUAAAACAGACAACAGCACAAUUAACAAUAAUCCUAUUGGAAUUUACCCCAUAGGAGAUCAAUUUAUCCUGGUGUGCUAUACGACUCCUCAAGAUUACUCGAACCCCUACUCUUACCAGGAGUGGGGGGGCAUCAUUGAUUGGUCUGGGUCGCUUAAAAGCCGAAUGAAUUUUGGUCCUUCUUAUGUUUCCUCAGAUAAUAAUUGGGAUCCGCAAAGUUCGAUUACUCAAAAUAUAAACACGAAUCAGGGUUUUCUCAGAGCGUUUGCAAUAAGACAAAGCGACAAUAAUCAAUCGCAAGAAUAUGGCUAUCAGCAAUAUUUGGUAGAUGAUUAUGGAAAUAUGACGUUAUUGGUAAACGGCAGCAUACCAGUUCCGCUACAAACAUCAUCAAGUUCACUCACCACGAUGUCCACCAUUGAUGGAGGAUAUGCCAUUAUUUACGCCAACUCUUCAAAUUAUGAUCCCUCUGAUCCUUUAUUGACGACACGUGGCGGGAUAUAUGCUACUUUUAUACCCUACAAUCAAAGCAUUAGUGUCAUGUAUCUUCUCUAUCGAACAUCUCUCAACGUGACUUUUGGACAAAUUUAUUGUGGCCUAAUGUCUGUUGGAGUUGGCCAUGUUUGUACGUGUCCCGCGAGUUCAACAAACAUUGUAACUUCUACCAACGGCACAACUCUCACGAACAUCACGACUAAUUACUUGCAAGUUUACUUUUUAUCGACGGGAUCUGUGUUAAAUUCUUCUUUAAUAACGGAAAUUCAAUCGCUGCCUGGAGCGCAGGCGGCAAGCUGGGCAGUGGAAUCAAUGGUUUAUGGUGGUUUUAUAUUGGAAUAUCCUGAUACUAACGGGACAUAUGUUACCGUUUAUGAUAACAAUGAUGCGUUCUACCCUUUGACCAAUUUGCCGAUACCUAUUCCUACGGAUGAAUUCUAUGCCAGGGGAAUCAUGAAUAAUAACAAUACUUACGUACUUUCUCAACCACCAACUCCACAUUCGUACGCUAACUGGUCCUUGUUCACAUAUCAGUUGCCAAAUUUUCUAAAGGGUUUAGAUCAUGGUUAUGGCAGCGUCGUGGUAAACAAUACACUUCCACCUCUUAAUGCAACCAUUUCUUCAACCCCGUCAAAUAUCAGCAUCACCUUCUACGAUCCCGUUAUUCUUUCUUCCGGCAAUGUCACCAUAUAUCAAUACUCCGAAACCGGCAAUAAUUUUCGACUAAGAAUAUCAGCAAUGAUGGAUGAAUACUGUGACAUCAGUCAAGAUGGUUUGACGGUCACAUUAAAAAUCUUUGGUAGCACAUUUAACUUAUAUAACACGACAUACUUCGUGAAGAUGGAUAAUAACUUUGUCAAGAUUGAGGCCGCUUUUGGCACCCUUUGUCUCGUACCUGAUGCCACGGAAAAAUUCAAUUCUCUUUCUAGCUUGGAGAAAUCAGAAUACAUUGAUGGUCUGCUAACACAACUUUCCGAUGCGUUGCCGGUAAGGCGCGCUCGUCUUACUUCAAAUAAAAGGUUCCAGUUUAUCAAUUCCAGUGAUCAAAUUAUUGUCGCCCUCCGUAUAAACAUGACAAUUAAUAAUGAAGAGAUAACUGUUCCGGGCGUAGUGUCGAAUUUAAACGACAUGAUAAUAAACAAGAAGAUCACCACCAUCUCACUAGGCAAUUAUACAAGAGAUUUAGAUCCGGCCUAUGGUUUUAGGCUCCAAUACAAUCUAUGGGAGCAAGACAAGAAUCUAAUAAUUGCCAUAAUUGCACCUUAUGUCUUUUACAUGGCAGUAGCGGCACUAACUUAUUAUUUGGACAAACUAAUCGACGUGACUAAGCUAGAAGAGACUGCGAAAGAGAUUAAGAAUAAAGUGGUGAAGUGGUGGAUGGUGAACAUUAAAGGGAAAGAAGAAGGCGUAAAUCUGAUCAAAAAUCACAAAGGAGAUAUUAUUAAGAAGAAAGAUGAAAUUGAAAAGUUUAUAGACGGCCUUAUCAAAGAUAAUUCAAACCUUAUCUCCUUUACAAUGAUUUUUUCUGUAAUUGACAAGGAUGCUAUGAGUAUCGUGAAGGAGAUAACAGAUUCGACAUUAGAUGCGAAGAUUAAAACAUUAAAUGAAUUCAUGGCGCAAGCAAGGAAAGAUGUUGAAGCAGCAACAAACAAAAUGAUAGAUAAUGAAGAAAAGGUGGAAUCGAAUGAAAUAAGCGUAGAAUCGAAGGAAGAAGGUGCGGAAUCAAGUGAAGAAGAUGCUGAAUCGAAUGGUGAAACUGUGACAACGGAUUUAGAAACUGUGAUAAUUGAUGAGGAAAAUGCGAAUUUGGAUAAACGAAGUGCGGAAGCGAAUAAAGAAAAAGUAGAAUCGGAUGAAGAAAAGAGAUCGAAUGAAAUUAGGAAGAAAAUGACUGAAAUUAAAGAUUAUUUGGAAAAUUCUACAUCUAAAGCCACCAUGAUUGCCGGACUCAGCAUAGAAUCUCUGAUAGAAUUGCCAAAGUAUUUUGGAACGAAAAACGAUAAGGAAUCAAAUUUAGGGGAUGAAGAAUCAAGAAGUUUGGUCACGUACGUUCAAUAA